AUGUCACAUGCUUUGAGACCCCAAAAUACCCUCAAGGACGAGUUCAAACCACCACUCACUGGCGAAAUGAGUUAUUGGAAGGAAUAUAUCGAAAGUGCACAGGUGAGUGCGUUCCCUAAACUCACUGAUGGGUCAUGUAGCAAUCUCGGGCGCCAUAAAUUCUCCAUUGAGACCGAGUUAUCCUUGGGCGAUUCAGGUGCCGAUAGUCUGUCUGCACGACGAGGCAUCGUCAAAGCAGCUUGGGCGUUGGUUCUUGCCAAAUACACAGCUUCAACGGGUAUCGGCUUCUUCGCCGGCAUUGAGGCUUUUGGCGUUGCUAGGGCGGUCCCCAUCAAGGCAGAAAUUGAUCCAACGCUGAAGGUGGCCGAAUUGCUGCGCUAUUUCCAAUCCGAUGAAAUUAAGAGCGAUCCGCAUUGUGCGGAUGAUGCCACGGAAGUACAAAAGCUGCUUGACCCGAAGAGAUUGGAAGCUUGGAACACGCUGGCAAUAUUUCAGAAUGUAUUCAGCGCUAGCUCCGAAGAUGAGGAUGAAGCUGAGGCAGAAGGUGAUGGCCAAUCAUGGCUUGCGAAUCAGUUCGACGUGGUUUUAUGGGCCAAUCAGACGCCCAGAUCUACCAACUUCAGACUCGAAUACUCGACGGACACCCUAUGCGAACAGCAAGCUAGAAACUUAGCAUACUCCAUCCAGCACACCCUAUCAAAUCUUCUGAAGCGCCCCGAUGCCAUAAUUGGCGACCUUGAGAUGCUGAGUGAUAUGCAUCGAGGGCAGAUUCAGUAUUGGAAUUUGGCGGGGGGCAAGAGGAUUAGUAGUCGCGUACAAAACUUGAUUAGUCGCCGCGUUAUGGAAAAUCCUGACGCACCGGCUGUUUGCGGAUGGGACAAAAACCUUACUUACGCCGAGUUGGACCGGCUGUCACACCGACUAGCCCAUCACUUGGUAUCAAAAGGCGUGGGCCCUGAGAUCAUAGUUCCUCUGUGCUUCGAGAAAUCCACAUGGGCGAUCGUGGCAAUGGUUGCUACCAUAAAGGCGGGAGGUGCUUUUGUAUUCUUGGACCCAUCAUACCCGAUAGCCCGAGUUCAGAAUAUCGUUAACCAAUGCAACCCGCCAUUCCUGCUGGCGUCCACGACAACAAAGAAUAUCUGGCCGAUAUUCCAGGGGAACACAGUUAUUGUGAGCCAACAAUCAAUAUAUAGCCUCUCCAGUGUACGAGGCUCUUUAAAUUCAGGGGUUCAGAGCGACAACGCCCUGUAUAUCAUCUUCACUUCGGGGAGCACUGGCACGCCCAAAGGGUGCGUCAUCGAGCAUGGUGCAUUUUGCACCGGCGCCUCAGCACAAGUAAGAGCAACUGGAUUGAGCGCAUCCAGUAGGGUACUGCAAUUCGCAUCGUUCACGUUCGAUGCAAGUAUCCUAGAGACUUUGAUUGCAUUGACUGCUGGUGCCUGCGUCUGCAUUCCAAACGAAAAAGACCGAGCGAAAGGCAUAGCAGAGAUGGUCAGACAUUUCGAUAUUUCUUGGGCACUUUUGACGCCUUCCAUCGCUAGAUUGGUGGCUCCAGAUGACGUGCCAUCUUUAAAGACUUUGGUGCUGGGCGGAGAGGCUCUUUCUAAAGUCGAUAUCAAGACUUGGGCUCCUGUCGUCCGUCUUGUUAAUGCAUAUGGUCCUAGCGAAGCGACAAUCAUUGCUGCUGCCAACAAUCGCAUAUCCACUGAUACCAAUCCAUCCAACAUAGGGCGCGCCGUUGGAGGAAAAUGCUGGAUUGUUGACCCAGAUAACUAUGAUCGUCUCGUCCCAAUUGGAUGCGUGGGUGAACUCUUCGUUGAAGGAGCUAUCUUGGCACGAGGAUAUUUGGGCGAUCGCAAAAGAACUGCGGCAGCAUUUAUCGAGAAUCCCAUAUGGUCGCGGUCCAAGACGAACAAUAAGUAUCGGCGGUUUUAUGCCUCAGGGGACUUGGUCCGCUACCAGGCCAACGGUUCAAUCAUUUUCAUCGGCCGUAAAGACACACAGGUCAAGCUUAGAGGGCAGCGUCUAGAGCUCGGAGAAAUCGAGCAUCACCUCUUGGAACAUACAGCCGUCGAACAUGCAAUGGCGUUCCUUCCAAAGAAAGGAAGCCACAAACAGCGUCUUGUUGCCGUGAUAUCCCUCACGGAAACACAUCAUUCGAGCAUCUCGGCUACAACAUCCGAUCCGGAAAUCGAGGUGUUGAGUGAAGCUGGAAGCCUAGAAGGGCUGAUUCCAGGCCUUCGGGCUCGUAUGCAGGGACGGGUUCCUUCAUAUAUGGUCCCAUCGGCGUGGAUCAUCAUCAAGAAAAUUCCCAUGAUGCUCUCCGGCAAACUAAACAGAACCAAAGUAGCCAAAUGGCUCGAGCAGAUGGAUUCGGAAACAACCAACAACGGCAGCAAAAUAAAUAUCAAGGCCCCUAUGGCUAGUCCAAGAGUACUCAACGAAACCGAGCGUUUGCUACUGGAAAUCGCUGGCAAAGUCCUGAAGACUCAUGAGAAAGACAUCGAUAUGAAUGAGUCAUUCCUAGAAUUGGGAGGAGACUCACUGCUGGCGAUGCAACUAUCUGCGAAAUGUUGGGCAAAUGGUCUUGAAAUAUCUUUGCCAGACAUCAUUCGAAGUGCGACGUUGGGCGACCUCGCUAAAUGUGCCAAAAGAGUCACUUCUGACCAGCCCGUAUCGGGACAAGCGCCAUUUCCACUGCCAACAUCAUCAGAUUCGGAUUUUAAACAUAAAUAUUCCAAAGAGAAGCUUUCUGCUGAUAUUCAAGAACUCCUAUCAGACACCCAGUCACACCAUGGUGCUGGUUCAGGUCAACUCGCCGACAUCGAGGACAUUUAUCCUCUUGCGCCGAUCCAGGAAGGCUUCAUCCUCAGUCAACUUAAGUUUCCUGGCGUCUAUGAGAGCUAUUAUGACUUUGAACUUGUCCCUUAUUCUUCUGGGGAGGCAUUGGAGCCUGAGAGGCUCGGUCGCGCGUGGGAACUCGUUGUUGAGCGACAUGGCAUCCUUCGAACGGUAUUCGUGGAGACAAAAUCGGGCGAGGAAACCUUCAUUCAAGCCGUUCUCCGGACUGUCCGUCCCCGGAUAGUGUACGCCAAUCACGAUGGGCUAGACAUCGAAACGUAUCAAACUGGUCUACUACCAGUGAAAUACUCGGACAAGGAAUUGCCCCAUCGAUUUCAUGUCAUCAAGACCCUGAAUGGUGGGUUGUUCUUUCGGUUGGAAAUCAACCAUGCCGUCGUCGAUGGAGGCUCAAUGCCAAUUAUCCUCCAAGAUCUCGCUCAAGCAUAUCAUGAUAGGCUUGCUCCCGGCUCGGGCCCCGAGUAUAGUUUAUAUGUCCAAUUUCUCCGCCAGCUUGAGCGGCAAUCCGCUAUAAGGUACUGGAAGGAGAAGUUAAAUGAGGCCGAGCCAUCUCGGCUUCCAACCCCUUAUGAACCCUCUUCUUCCAAUACACUCCAAAAGCUUAAUACCGAGAUCACCGGGAUUAAGCCGCUGUCCCAGUUCUGUAGACAGGAGGGCAUUACAGUGCCGACAUUGCUCCAGUGUGCGUGGGGCCUCGUUCUGAGCAGCUACUGCACCUCGACUGACGUGUCCUUUGGUUACAUGUCAUCGGGUAGAAAUAUUCCCUUGAAUGGAGUGGACUCGGCUGUUGGGCCAUUCCUAAAUACGCUAACCCAUCGUAUGAGGAUUGACCAAGGGGUCUCCAAAUUAAAGCUACUCCAUGACACCCAGGAAGGUUUUCUUAAGAGUGUAGCCCACCAACAUUGCUCAUUAAUCGACCUCCAGCAUGAACUCCAACAAGAUGUCAGUGCACUCUGCAGUACUCUUGUAACAAUCCAGAGCCAGCCGCUAUUUGAACCAGAUGUAGUAGGAUCGACGUUUGGCAUUGAGCUCCGCCGAGAAUUUGAUCCCUCAGAGUAUGAUAUCGCCAUAUCCAUCCAACUGGGCCAGGAACAUUUAUCGGUAGGCUUGGAGUACUGGCCUUCGAGGAUUUCAGAGUCCCUAGCCUCUAGUAUCCUAGAUUCGUUCAAGUCAACUGUCUUUGCAUUGGCACACAAUCCCAACGAGUCUGUCAAGCUGACUCCAAUAAUCUCCAACUCCGAUAUAGCGCAAAUUUUCACCUGGAAUGAGCGCGUCCCAGUGCAUAUAUCUGCGUGUAUCCACACUCUGAUUGAAGCAAGAGCCGCAGAACGACCUAGUGCUCAUGCUAUCUGCUCAUAUGACCAAGAUUUCACAUACCGCGAGCUCAACGAAACCUCGCAGCAGCUCGCAUAUUACCUGGAGGACUUAGGAGUUGGACCAAAUAUCCAAGUUCCGCUCUGUUUCGAUAAAUCGUGCUGGGCAAUCGUUUCUAUGCUAGCCGUACUCAAGGCUGGGGGUGCAUGCGUGUCAAUUAGUCCGUCGAGUCCUAAAGAGCGAAUUUUAACGAUUCUAGGGGAUAUUGAAGCUAAGGUUGUGCUGGUUUCCACACAGCACAUGUCGAUGUUCGAGGAGCUAGAAAUAACGACUAUCGGCGUGGAUAUGUCGCUUCUAGAGACCCACGUCCAGCUAAAGAGUCAAAGUCAGUCUCUAGUCCAGCCAUCAGAUCCCGCUGUCAUAGUUUACACUUCUGGUACGACAGGCAAGCCUAAAGGUGUUGUCUUGGAACACCAUGCUCUAUGCACCAGUGCCCUUUCCCAUGGGCAAGCAGUAGGCAUUGGCCCAUCUUCUCGAGUGCUCCAAUUUGCGUCAUACUCAUUUGACGUGAGCGUCCAAGAUAUAUUUUUCACCCUGCAACGUGGCGGCUGUGUGUGUGUCAUCUCGGAAGAUGAACGAAUGAAUGAUCUUGCUGGAGCCAUCAAUGCUCGCAAGGCCAACUAUGCAGAACUGACACCCACCGUUGCGGGCUUAUUAAAGCACACAGAUACCCCAGGGCUACGUACACUGAAUGUUGGUGGCGAAUCUCUCACAGCUCAGGUCCUCGCUUCUUGGGCUUCCCAUGUCCGGCUUUUCAACACUUACGGGCCAUCAGAAGCAGCAGUUACCGCGUCGUCCACUGGUCUGUUAUCAAAAGACUCCCGCCCUUCAAAUAUUGGUAAGGCGAUUGGGUGUUUGUUUUGGAUAGUAGAUCCACUAGAUCAUAACACUCUCGUACCUAUUGGUUGCACGGGUGAGCUGUUAAUCGAAGGUCCCCUUCUUGCUAGGGGGUAUCUUAACGACCUCCAAAAGACACAGAGUGUUUUCAUUGAAAACCCUCGAUUUGUCCCAAAAUCCGCAGCCAACACGAUUCGCCGAAUGUACAAGACCGGUGAUCUAGCCUUCUACGCACCAGACGGCUCGAUAGAGUUUGUGGGCCGGAAGGACAAUCAGAUCAAGCUCAAUGGCCAGAGAAUGGAGCUUGGCGAAGUCGAGCAUCAUUUGGAAAGUCAAGCACCCGGUAUUGCAAAUGUGGCUGCGGAUGUCGUUGCUCCUCCUGCUUAUCGGAAUGGGGCCAAAGCUCUAGUGGCCUUCCUUCAUAUCCCUGAUGCAGCUGAAAAUCUAUCGACUCAAGUCGUGUCGCUCACAACUUCUCUCCAGGAGCGAUUGACUGCUCUUCAGACUCGGCUAGCUCGAGUAUUGCCGUCGUACAUGGUCCCUUCGUUGUUUAUUCCUCUGAGUCAAUUCCCCAUAAACGCAUCUGGAAAGCUCGAUCGUAGACAUAUCCGAAGCGUUGUCGAGAGUCUCAACGCCACGGAACUUGCGCAAUAUGCGCUGGAGACGAGUUCGAAACAAGCCCCAUCGACGCCAACAGAGAUGUUGAUGCAGGAUCUCUGGAACAAAGUUCUGGGGCUCGAGAAGAGCACUAUUGGCGCCAAUGACAAUUUCUUUAGAAGUGGAGGUGAUUCCCUUGCGGCCAUGAAAUUGGCAGCUGCAGCCCGACAGGCGCAUAUGGUUUUGCCUGUAUCAAUUAUCUUUGCAAGUCCUACAUUAGCAGAAAUGUCUCUGGCAGUAAGCAAAGAACAGCCUAGCUUGGUUCGAGACGUCGAACCUUUCUCUUUGAGUCCCCAUAGUGUGGCUGAGGUGGCUAGGAUGCUCGACUUGAAAGAGGAGGAAAUCGAGGACGCGUACCCAUGCACGCCUCUGCAAGAGGGUCUUAUAUCUAUAAUAUUGCGACAAACAGAGAGUUACGUUGCGCAAAUGGUCUACCGUGUGCCGGAAAUCCUAGACCUUGAUCGAUUUCAGCAGGCAUGGGAGGCUGCAGUUCUGGCAUAUCCCAUACUUCGGACUAGGAUAGUGCAAGCGUCCUCGGGUAUGUCAUUACAGGUUGUUGUUCGACAUCCCCUCGUCUGGGAAGGAGCAUUGUCUCUCGAAGACUACCUCGAAAAGGAUAGUGCUACCCCGAUGACUCAUGGGGCGCCAUUGGUUCGGUUUGCUAUUGCAAAACGCAACAAGGAUAAUGGCAGAUUUUUUAUCUGGACCGCUCAUCACUCAGUGUAUGAUGGGUGGACGGGUGAUAUGGUUUUUGAAAGCGUGAGGACGGCGUAUGGAAAUGGCGAUAUCCCAAAGCCUAGACCUUACGCCGAUUUUAUCAAAUAUAUGGUCCAUUCUGACCAAGGUGCCUCUGCUAGCUUCUGGAAAGAGGUGCUUGGUGGCGAUUUGCCCGCUAGUUUCCCUCGACUUCCGAACGCAACUUACCAGCCUUGUCCGAAAGCAAGGUUCUCACAACGCAUACCAUUGACCCCACCCAAGAACGCCGAAAUACUCACUUCUACAUUGUUGAGGGCAGCUUGGGGACUACUUGUUUCCCAGUACUCCGAUUCAGAAGAUGUGGUCUUUGCAACGACGAUGUCUGGGCGCAAUGCUGCUGUAUCUGGCAUCGAAGAGAUUGCAGGGCCUACCAUCACAACUGUCCCGGUUCGGUUACAUACAGACGCGUCACAGACUAUCUCACAAUUUCUCAAUAAUGUUCAACAACAAGCUAUUGAUAUGAUCCCCCAUGAGCAUAUGGGGCUCCAAAAUAUUCGGAGACUCGGACGUAAUAUCCAGGAUGCCAUGGACUUGCGGCACCUUUUUAUGGUGCAACCACGGCCAGAGACGAAUGAGGCCGCCGCUUCUCUGGGCCUGGAGCUGCUACCAGUCAAAACAAGUUCGUUUGAUGUCUAUGCAUUGAACGUGGAAUGUUUCCUUGACGGAAAUGGUGUGUUGCUCGAGGCUGCUUAUGACGAGAGGGUUAUCUCCACCGCUGGAAUGGAGCUCAUGUUCCAGCAGUUUUCACAUCUUAUAAGUAUUCUCAGCUCCAAGCCAGAGAACACGCGGAUUGCCGACUUGGAUAGAGUCUCACAGGCGGAAGUGGAUACUAUGACUCGUUGGAAUGGAGACUGGCCUGAGAGCGUCCUAUCCUGCAUUCAUAACAUUUUCCGUUCUCAGGUAGCUCGCGCCCCGAAUGCACAAGCAAUUCACUCGCAUGAUCUCAACUUAACCUAUAAGGAGUUGGACAACUUGUCUCAACGACUAGCACAUCAUCUUGUUUCCAACCACGGCGUUGGACCCGAGACCAUGGUACCAAUUUGUUUUGACAAGUCAACAUGGGCAGCAGUAUCUAUGUUAGCUGUCCUCAAGGCGGGAGGGGCUUGCGUACCGCUAGGGCCGUCUCAGCCAGUCAAUCGGUUACAUGGCAUCGUCGAAGACACGCGCGCGGGGCUCAUCCUAGCCGCACCACAGCACGUCCACCUAUUUCGAGGUACGGCUCCGAAUGCGAUUGCAAUUACAGAGACUUUUGUACAAGCCCUACCUUUGCUGUAUAGGGAUGCGAAUAUUUCAGUCAGACCUUCGAAUGCGGCUUUUGUUAUAUAUACAUCUGGUUCUACAGGAACUCCUAAAGGAGUAGUGCUCGAACAUGCAGCAAUAUGUACCAGUUCUAGAGCCCAUGGCAGUGUCAUGGACAUCAAUCCCAAUACACGGGUUUUGCAGUUCGCCGCCUACACCUUUGAUGUCAGUAUCCAAGAUAUUUUUACCACCUUGCAACGCGGGGGCUGUGUUUGUAUCAUAUCCGAAACUGAUAGAUUGAGUAACCUAACGGCGGCCAUCAAUUCAUCCCGAGCCAAUUGGGCAGACUUGACUUCUACCGUUGCUGGACUUUUGGAGCCAAGCGAAGUCCCAACCAUGACAACGAUUUCGCUAGGUGGAGAACCACUUCAGCAGUCGGUGGCUUCAAAAUGGGAGGCCCAAGGUGCAACUGUAAUCAAUGGCUACGGACCGGCAGAGGCAUCCAUCAACGCUGCAUGCAGCAACAAAGACCAGAGAGCUGGCAAUGCGGCGAAUAUCGGACGACCGCUUGCUAGCUGGUUUUGGGUGGUGGACCCUAAUAGCCACAAUCGCCUGGCUCCCAUUGGUUGCGUGGGUGAAUUGUUUAUCGAAGGUCCUUUGCUCGCCCGCGAGUAUCUAAACGACAGUUCUAAAACAGUGGCAUCGUUUAUAGAAAGUCCUGUCUGGGCGAAGCCUUUGAGCCAGAAUAUUAGGACAAAUCGGCGUUUCUACACAACUGGUGAUUUAGUUCAGUACAACCCCAAUGGAACACUUAACUAUGUCGGACGGAAAGAUAGGCAGGUCAAAAUACAUGGCCAACGAGUGGAGUUAGGAGAAAUUGAGAGCCAGAUCAAACUUGCAGCCAGUGAUGCUACGGGCAUCGCUGUGGAGUUGAUCUCUCCCUUGAGUUUGCAGGGAAGGGAAGCCCUUGCUGCCUUCCUCUCUAUGGGGAAUGGAAAUGAUGAUGGAGAGCUGCUUGGGACGGUUAGAACACUCUCGGAAUCCCUCCAACUGAAGCUUUCGGAGCUCCAAGGCCAGUUAUCUGAUGCAUUGCCAUCAUAUAUGGUCCCGACAUUCCUGAUUCCUAUUACCAAAAUGCCAACAAACGCGUCUGGCAAAUUAGACAGAAAAGCUUUGCAUGUCAUUAUUCAAAGUUUAGAUACCGUCACUUUAGGUCAAUAUACACUUGAGAGUGCUGCUAAGCGAGAGCCCACCACAAUCCGGGAGGUGCAGCUAUGCCAGCUAUGGAGUAAGGUAUUGAAGGUCGAACCCUCGACCAUCGGGGCGGACGAUAACUUCUUCAAAAUUGGCGGCGAUUCCAUUACCGCGAUGCAACUUGCCGCAUCUGCAACGAGCGAAAGCCUCCAAUUAACAGUCGGUGACAUGUUUCAGGCGCCAAAUCUCUGUGAUAUGGCUCAUUGUCUAACCGAUGUUAUCACCAAAACCCAGGCCUUUAAACCCUUCUCUCUUGUCUCUCACCUUGACCUCCCGAAGGUUUGGAGGGAGAUUGAAAGUCGAUAUAGUCUCUCAACGGAUGACAUUGAGGAUGUGUAUCCAUGCACGCCGUUGCAAAUCGGUCUAUUGUCGAUGACGGCUCGCCAGUCAAAUGCCUACGUUGGCCAAUUAGUGUAUCGAUUGCCCCUUUCCAUUGAUUUGGGCAGGUUCCAACAGGCAUGGCAGAUGCUAUACUCUAUCAAUCCGAUCUUAAGGACUCGCAUUAUACCGACAGAUGAAGCUGGAUUCAUCCAAGUGGUAACAAAAGGAAAUAUUAAUUGGCAAGCGUCGGAUUCCCUUGAGAGCUAUCUCCAGACAGACGAAGCGGAUCCAAUGUCAUAUGGAAGCAUCCUUGCUCGGUAUUCUCUGGUUUGCGAAAAUACCGGCAAUAAUUACUUCGUAUGGACGGCUCACCAUGCUAUUUACGACGGCUGGAGUGUCAAUUUGAUGUUUGACCAGCUCGAAGCUGCCUAUAAUGACACCAAAGUCUCUUCCCCACCACCAUUCAAACUCUUCAUUGAGAGUAUUGCAAAGACAGGACAAGGUGCCGCUGCAGCAUACUGGCGCAAUCAGUUCGAUGGAGAUCAGCCGGUCCACUGGCCACAGCCAAAAUCUGGAAACAAUCAACCGUACAAUCGCUUUGCGAUCACAAAAUCAGCUACUAUAGGUGACGCACACCGACCCACUGCUAUGCACUCAACUAUUUUGAGAGCUGCCUGGGCUUUGACUGUCUCGCAAUAUGCCCAAUCCCAAGAUGUUGUCUUUGCUGUAACUCAGUCUGGACGCAGCGCUAGAGUGGUAGGAGCAACGCAAAUGGUAGGACCUUUGAUCACAACUGUGCCUGUCCGGGUUCAUAUAGACUACUCCAAGUCAGUCUCAGACUACCUCGACCAGAUCCAGAACCAGACAAUUGGAAUGAUACCGUACGAACACACCGGUCUGCAGAAUAUCGGGCGGCUCGACAGCUCCAACGCAAAAUUGCGCGAGGCCCUGAAGUUGCAGCAUAUCUUCAUAGUACAGCCUCCGGAAGAAAACGAAACAAGCGCAACCUGUCUGGGUAUGGAGAAUGUAUCAAUGGAAUCUGGUGAUUUUGACACGUACCCACUUAAUGUAGAAUGCAGUAUAAGUGCUGGCUCGGUCACUGUCGAGGUUGUCUUCGACACAAACCAAGUCUCCGAAAUUCAAGUUGAGCGCGCUGUUGGUGAAUUUUUGCACCUAGUCCAACAGUUGGCCGUAAUCGAUGGCAGCACAGAACUAAGAAACAUUGAGCUCAUCAGCGAUGACGACUUUAAUUGGCUGAACAAUCUGAACCGAGUCGUUCCGAGUACUUUGGAAACUUGCGUCCAUACUCUCAUUGAAGAGCAGGUCAGGCUCCGACCUGAAGCACAAGCAAUAUGCUCUUUUGAUCAGAACUUCUCCUACAGCGAGCUUAAUGAUGCCUCCCAGCGUCUGGCUCACCAUCUUGUGAGCGAAUACGCCGUCAAACCUGGCACAUAUGUUCCAUUAUGCUUCGACAAGUCAUCCUGGGCAAUAGUGGCAAUGCUUGCUGUGCUCAAGGCAGGUGGGGCAUGUGUAUCGCUUAGUUCUACCCAUCCAACACAACGACUUGCCGCAAUAAUCAGCGACAUUGGAGCUUCUCUGGUGUUAGUGUCUCCUCAGCACACUAGUCUAUUUGAGGACAUCCCAGUUCGCAUACUUAGUGUCGAUAGUGACACGGUUCACGGCUGCCGCGACAUGGGCGAGCGUAUACAUGUCCAGCCCACACAUCCCGCUUUCGUUGUCUACACAUCUGGUAGCACUGGAGUGCCAAAAGGGGUUGACUUAUCCCAUGCCGCUAUGUGUACAAGCGCUCGUGCACACGGAUCCGCAUUUGGACUUGGACCUAAGACAAGAGUAGCACAAUUUGCGUCCUACACUUUCGAUACCAGCAUACAAGACAUCUUCACUUCUCUACAGAGAGGCGGGUGCGUAUGCGUACUCUCAGAAGAAGAGCGGCUAAAUGAUCUCGCCGGUGGCAUAAAUAGAAGAGGUGCGAACUAUAUCGACCUUACUGCUUCAGUAGCCAGCUUGCUCACCCCCGAUGCGGUGCCUGGACUUGUCACAAUGUCGUUGGGCGGCGAGAUGUUAAAGCAGAGCAUCAUUGAUACAUGGGCAUCCCGCAUACGUCUUAUUAACACCUUUGGCCCAAGUGAAGCGUCAAUCAAUUCGUCAUGCACUGGUCUCCUAGACCAAACCUCAACACCAGGGAAUAUCGGAAAGCCACUCGGCUGUGUGUUCUGGGUAGUUGACAGCACCGAUUACCAUCGGUUAUUACCAGUGGGCUGUGUGGGAGAGUUACUCAUUGAGGGCCCGAUUUUGGCACGUGGCUACUUAAACAAGCCGGAACAAACUGCGAAGGCAUUUAUCACCAACCCAGCCUGGCUGGAAAGGUUUAGGGGCCCAGCUGCGAGCAAGUCCGCUCGAAUGUAUGCCACGGGUGACCUUGUUUCUUGGAGGCAAGAUGGCUCAAUAGAUUUUAUCGGUCGGAAAGACACGCAAAUAAAGCUACAUGGCCAGCGAAUUGAGAUGGGGGAGAUUGAGCACCACCUGGCCUCCCACGGCUCCAUUAAUCAAUCACUAGCAUUAUUACCACGCAAAGGCUUUCUUCAAGAUAAUCUUGUUGCGAUCGUGGAUCUCCAUGGUUUCACCAAUGAAAAUGAAAUAGGCCAGAUAUCACUACUCGAGAGUGAGGACGAAACUACCAUUACAACCCACAUAUCAUCAAUCCACAAUCUUCUCAGGGAAAAGCUCCCCAACUAUAUGGUGCCUAGUAAACUACUAGUUCUAGGUACUUUACCACUAAACACAUCAGCAAAAGUUGAUCGUAGUCGAAUUAGAAAUUGGAUUGAGGAAGAAAUAGACGACGCUACAUAUGAGCUUAUCAUGGGAAUGGAUGGCAACGACCGAUAUUGCGCUCCAGCGACCAAAGCCGAGGAAGAUUUACAGCGCCUUUGUAGUCGUGUGCUCAACUUGUCUUCAUCUCGAGUCAGUCUCAAUCGAUCUUUUAUUGGGCUGGGUGGCGACUCGAUUUCUGCAAUGCAGCUGGUAUCUCAAUGCCGAAAUGCCGGUCUUCUGGUUACUGUUCCAUCACUCCUCACCAGCAACACCUUGUCUGAAGCAGCGCAGUCUGCCGGAACCAGCAACAUAAAUGUUAUUUUCAAAGACGAGCAGCUAGAUACUGCUUUCGACUUGUCGCCAAUCCAGAGAAUGUAUUUUGAUCAGUUGCAUGUUCAAACACCCGCUAGUGGUGAUGCCCACUUCAACCAAAGCUCUUAUUAUCGAUUGACGAGUGCCACAUCUCCCGAGCGACUAAAUACUGCACUUCGUGAAUUAGUGAUGUGCCACUCUAUGCUCCGAGCGCGCUUCAGCCAAGAUGAGGAGGGAAUGUGGAGCCAGCGGAUACUUGGCGACAUGACUGAGGUGUAUCAUUUUAGUGUGCAUGAGGGUUUAGAUCUUCCUGCGGUAGCAGCUAUCGCCUCAAGCAGUCAGAUAAUGCUUGAUAUCGAGAAAGGUCCCGUCUUCUCGUGCGAUCUCUGUGGCCUGACAGACGGACCGCAGAUCCUCGUAUUGGUUGCUCACCAUCUAAUUAUCGAUCUUGUAUCUUGGCGUAUUAUUAUGGAAGAUCUUGAAACCCUUCUGCUGGCCGAAUUUGUACCUCUCCAAAAGCCGCUCUCGUUUCAGACAUGGUCCAAUCUUCAAGCAGAAUAUGCUCGAGAUAAUCUCACACCAGACAUGGCGUUUUCAGGAGGAAUAAUUCUGACAGAUCUUGAUUACUGGGAAAUGGCAAAUCAAUCUAACAUCGUCGCCGAUCAGCGAUCAGAGAUUGUCAACAUUGAUGAAGAAACAACAUCACUACUGUUAGGCAAGGCAAAUCGAUCUAUGCAUACAGAGCCAGUAGAUUUGCUAUUAUCAGCAGUAACGGAUGCCUUUUUCCGGGUGUUUACUGACCGUCAAAAACUCAAUAUAUUCAACGAGGGCCACGGUCGCGAACCCUGGGCACCGGAAAUUGAUAUCUCAAGGACCGUGGGGUGGUUCACGACCAUGAGCCCUAUCCAUGUUACCUCUGAUUCAGACUCAUUGGGGAUUGUUGGGCAAGUAAAGGAUCGUCGUCGACAACUUCCGCGCAAUGGUUGGCCAUAUUUCACUUCACGUUAUUUGAAUAGACAAGGAGCAGAUGACUUCUCGAGCCAUAACAAUACCGCGGAAAUACUUUUCAAUUACCAUGGCCAAUUCCAACAGUUUCAGCGCAGUGACUCUCUCUUCUUAGAUGAAGACCUCAGCAAAUUCGGUGUCUCCGACGAGGGUGGAGCCUUGCGACGCCAGGCUUUGGUUGAAAUCGAGGUCGAGGUCGCCGGCGGUACAACGCAGAUUCUUUUCAAUUUCAAUCGCCACAUGGCAUUCCAGGAUAAGCUCCACAACUGGGUGCAAAGCACGAAGAAUUCUCUCCAGUCUUUAUGCCAGGAUCUUGUCGCCACAAAAACUAGAUAUACGCUCAGUGAUUUUCCGUCGCUUUCACUUGACGCGGCAGGCCUUGGGUUACUAGAGCAAUGCCUGUCCAACCUCCAAACUGCAACUUCUACGACAGCGAAUGAUAUUGAAGAUAUAUUUCCAUGCUCCCCUAUGCAGGAUGGGAUGUUGCUUAGCCAGAUCCAAGGCACCGCAUCCUAUGAAACAGUGCAGUUGUGCGAAAUAUUCCCAUCGCAGUCAUCCUCCUCGAUUGUCAGGGACCGGCUCGCAAGUGCCUGGAAAAUGGUUGUCGCUCGCCACAGCUCCCUUCGUACUGUGUUUAUUGAGGCAGUUGGCAGAAAAGGAGCAUUCAACCAGAUUUCUCUAAAGAAAUACACUCCAGAUAUAAAAUUCGUUGAGUUCGGAGAUGAUACCGCUAUCAAAGAGCUUCAGGAUAUUCCGGUGGUGAAGUAUAGGACCUUCCAGCCUCCUCACCAGCUCACACUUUGCUCAACACCCCAAGGGAAAUGGCUCUGUAAGAUCGAAAUGAACCAUGCCAUUACCGAUGGCGCUUCUGGCAAUAUUCUCUUGCACGACUGGGCUUUGGCUUACAAUCACACUUUACCUCAAGGCAGUGCUCUCCGCUAUAGCGAUUUUAUCCAAUAUAUCAAUGCUAGAUCUACGCAAGAAAGUCUUGCAUUUUGGCAAGAGUCGUUGAAACAUGUUCAGCCAUGCCAUUUUCCGUCGAUAGCUCAAGCCCACAGGGUGGAGGAGCAAGGCACCACCGCGAAAGUAUUGGAUAAUCCCCAGGUUCUUCACCAGUACUGCCAAAAACACUCAAUAACACUUGCAAAUUUCAUGCAAGCAGCAUGGAGUAUUGUUCUAACCCGUUAUACUGGCAAUAGUAACAUUUUUUUCGGUUACCUCGCUUCCGGCCGGGACGUGCCUCUUCCGGGGAUUGACAGCGCAGUUGGCGCUUUUGUGAAUAUGAUGAUUUGCAAAGUUGAAGUGGACAAAUACCCCACGGGCCUUGAGCUCUGUCGGGCUGUGCAGCAGCAGUCGAUGCUCGGCCUGCCGCAUCAACAUGUCCCGCUUGCUGAUAUCCAAAAUGCGCUUCAGCUUUCUGGACAACCCCUCUUCAACACCCUGGUUUCCUUCCAAAAUCAUGGAGCUCAUGGAGGCGAUGAUCCGGAGUUGAUAUCAUUCAAGGAUUUGGAAAAUCAAGAUCUAACCGAAUACGACCUUGCUCUGGAUAUAGGGGUUGAAGACAGUAUGAUUGAGAUGUCUCUCGAUUAUAGCACGAGAUGUCUAUCUCACAACCAAGCAAAUAGAGUACUGCGUACUUUCGAGUCUGUCAUUAGGUAUCUGCUAGAAAACACGCAGACCCCCCCACGACAAGUGUCUCUCUCUGAUUCCAAGGAUGACGAACUGAUAAACCGGUGGAACGGCCCAUAUCCAGCAACAGUAUCGGAUUGCGUACAUAAUGUGAUCAAUUUCCAAACUGUACUCAGGCCAGAUGCACCUGCGAUUCGGUCAUUCGAUGGUGACCUCACCUAUCAACAACUAGACGACUUAUCGGGACGUUUGGCUCAUUACCUAGUGACCCUAGGGGUUGGCCCUGAGGUUAAAGUUGUCCACUGCUUUGACAAAUCAACAUGGGCAGCUGUUUCCAUGCUUGCAAUCAUAAAGGCCGGUGGAGUAAGUGUGGCUCUUGGCCCUAACCAACCUAAAAAUCGCCUCGAAACAAUUAUUGCGGAUACGGGGGCCCCUGUUCUUCUAGUUUCCCCUCAGCAUGCUUCAAAAUUCCAGCAUACCUCAGUCACGUUGCUUGCCGUUGAUCAGUCCUUCGUUCAAGAUCUGCACCAAAAUUUGCAGCCUCCUUGCACCACAGUAACGCCAUCCAACACCGCUUUUAUCGUCUACACAUCUGGCAGUACUGGAGUACCAAAAGGUGUCAUGUUGCAACACGAUUCUAUUUGUACUAGCUCGCAAGCACAUGGAAGUGUUAUGGGUAUUAACCCCGGCACGCGGGUCCUUCAGUUUGCAGCAUAUACUUUCGACGUUAGUAUUCAAGACAUAUUUACGACUUUGCAGCGAGGUGGAUGUGUCUGCAUUAUAUCGGACCACGAUAGAGUCAAUGAUCUGGCACACGGGAUUAAUUCAACCCAGGCUAACUGGGCUGACCUCACAUCUACGGUGGCCUCUCUACUACGCCCUGAACAGGUACCAAGUAUGACCACUAUCUCACUUGGAGGCGAACCUUUGCAAACGCACGCAGCAGAACUGUGGGAGCGCCAUGCGGAGGUCUUCAACGGUUACGGUCCGGCAGAAUGCUCUAUUAAUACUGCCUGCAGUACGAAGGAGCAGCGAUUUGGUAAUGUCGCUAAUAUUGGCCGACCUCUCGCUAGCAGGUUCUGGGUCGUGGACGCUAGCAACCAUGACUUGUUGCUUCCAAUUGGAUGCGUUGGAGAAUUGCUUAUAGAAGGCCCGUUGUUGGCGGCAGGCUACUUGAAUGAUGCCGAGAAAACUAAUAGCUCCUUUAUUUUUAACCCUAAAUGGGCCUACCCGGAACCGUCGACCAACAAGGAACCUCGUCGUCGUCGGAUGUACAAGACGGGCGAUUUAGCCCGCCUAAAUGAAGAAGGAACAUACGAAUAUAUUGGACGCAAAGACCGCCAGGUUAAGCUCUACGGGCAGCGCGUCGAGUUGGGAGAAAUCGAGCAUCACGUCCAACUUGCAGCAAUCAACACACAGAGGAUUGCAGUUGAAGUUGUCACCCCAGAAAGCUAUCAAGGCAAACAGACUCUAGCUGUAUUUCUACAGCCCGAGUCGAAUGAUGGUUUUGGCUCCUUGGUAAACGGCGGAUCCGUCCGGCUUGCAGAUCAUCUGCAGAUCCAGCUCUCUAGUCUACAGACCAAACUUCAUGACUCCCUUCCAAUGCAUAUGGUGCCCACUCUUUUCAUCCCAGUGGCCCAGUUGCCAACAAACGCGUCUAGUAAGCUAGAUAGAAAAGCGUUGCAGGAGAUGGCGAGGACCAUGAGUCCAGAACAGCUGGAGAUAUAUACUCUUAGCACAGGGAUGAAACGGAUACCAACCUCCCCCGCGGAGUUACAAAUGCAGGAGCUCUGGAGCGAGGUUUUGAAAGUGGCCACAGAUCGAAUUGGCGCAGAUGAUAACUUUUUACGCUUGGGUGGCGAUUCACUCCGGGCCAUGCAACUUGCUUCUGCUGCGAGGAGAGCAAAAAUGUCGUUGACUGUGGCUGAGAUUUAUCAAAACCCUAAGCUCUGCGAUAUGGCAGCUCAUGCCAGCACACAAGACACCUCCACAAAUGAGCUAAACUUGGCUGUUCCAUUCUCCCUCUGCGGCAAUAAUUCCUUGGAAACGCUACUGGCUGAUGCAGAGUCCCAAUGCUCCGUAUCAAAGGCAACAAUUGAAGAUAUUUACCAGUGUACCCCGUUGCAGGAGGGCAUGAUGUCCAUCACGUCACGACAAGCAGAUGCAUACGUUGCACAGAACGUGUAUAAAUUAGACGCGAAUCUGGACAUCGAACGCCUUCAGGAGGCUUGGGAGGUUGUCUCUAACGCUUAUCCAAUUCUUAGAACCCGACUUUUCCUGUCAUCAGAAACUCGGAAAUAUAUGCAAGUUGUUCUACACGAGGAGUUAACUUGGGCCUCCUCCGACUCUUUGAUAGAUUACCUGGAGCAGGAUAGUGCUAAGCCACUUCAGGUCGGCCUACCUCUGGCGCGAUUUGCCCUUGUUUUGCCAAGCCAUGGCCAACGCUUUUUCGUGUGGACGGCUCAUCACUCAAUCUUCGAUGGCUGGUCGUUACAACUGUUGAUGCAAAAUGUCGAAUGUGCCUAUACAAGGGCUCCUCUAACCCCGUCGCCGCCCUUCAAAUCAUUCAUCUCGUACUUGCAAACUCUGGAUGCGAAAGAUGCGAUAAAAUAUUGGCAAUCCCAGCUCGGGGGUGAUACCCCAACCAGCUGGCCAAAUCCAUCACUUUCAGCACUGGAAUCACCUAAACAGGCCAGCCUAACGAAGACAUUGCAAAUCAAUGCCAUUGACAGACCACUAAUCUUGCAGUCAACUAUUCUUCGAGCUGCAUGGGCUCUCACGGUGUCACAGUUCGCUGGGUCGAAAGAUAUUAUAUUCGCUGCUACGCUGUCGGGUCGCAAUGCGCCAAUAUCCGGCGCCACAGAGAUGGUAGGCCCACUUAUAACUACUGUUCCUUUAAGAGUUGCCAUUGACCCAUCCGUAACUGUCUCGCAUUACCUGGAUCAAUUUCAAAACCAAGCCAUGGACAUGAUUCCAUAUGAACAUACAGGACUUCAAAAUAUCCAAAGUACGGAAGAAAGGCGCGAAAAUCCUCUCACUCUACAGCACAUUUUCAUCGUCCAGCCAGCAGAAGAAAAUGAGAUGGAUCUUUCAGGUGUAGGCCUUGAAGCACUUCCCUCUCAAGCUGGGGAUUUCGACACCUACCCCAUCAAUAUUGAAUGCAGUUUAAACGACCAUGAGGUUGUAGUUGAGGCAGUCUUUAACACGAGCGUCAUUCCCGUGGAAGAUAUGGAACAUGUUCUAGCCCAAUUCGCACAUCUUACUCAGCAACUGUCAACAGUUGAGGGUGACAAGGUGGUUAGAGAUGUUGAAACGGUCAACACUGACGAUUUGGCGUGGAUCAUGGCGCUCAACAAGGACAUUCCAGAAACAUUAUCCCAGUGCGUACACCAUGGCUUUGAGGAGCAAGUGGUUAUUCAACCUGACGCUCAAGCAAUAUGCUCCUUCGAUAGCAAUUUCACGUAUAAGGAGCUCGAUGAAGUAUCACUACAGCUAGCUUCCUGUCUACUUGAGCUGAACAUCGGCCCUAACAACCUUGUCCCUCUUUGCUUUGACAAAUCCUGCUGGGCAAUUAUCUCGAUGCUCGCUGUCUUACGGGCAGGUGGUGCUUGUGUUUCUGUUAGCCCUUCGAAUCCCCGAGAGCGGCUAAAGACCAUUAUCGAUGACACAGAUGCUAAGGUGGUUCUCUGUUCGCCACAGCAUGAGCACCUAUUCGAUGGCCUACCUGUUCAAGUAUUAGGAGUCGAUGCAAGUUUUAUACAAUCGUGCCCUGCUUCAUACUCAUUCCAAAACUCAGCAGUUCAGCCUUCCGACCCAGCAUUUGUAGUCUACACCUCCGGUAGCACGGGCACUCCAAAAGGCGUAAUCGUCGAGCACGCAGCCAUGGCUACCAGCGCUCAUGCCCAUGGGUCAGCCUUUGGUCUUGGUCCUAAUACCAGAGCCGUGCAAUUCGCAUCCUACACCUUUGACGCUAGUAUCCAGGAUAUUUUUACAUCCCUACAACGUGGAGGCUGUGUGUGCGUGAUCUCUGAAGAGGAAAGGAUGAACGAUUUGGCUGGCGCAAUCAAUGCCCGGAAUGCCAAUUAUGCAGAUUUAACUCCGACAGUAGCAAGUCUUCUGCCACCUGCAACUGUACCCGGCAUUAAGACACUGUCUCUCGGAGGAGAGGUAAUGACAGACAGAGUUCUAGAUAUGUGGGCCAGUCAGAAUGAAGUACGUCUGAUCAAUACUUUCGGUCCCUCGGAAUGCAGCAUUAACUCCUCCUGCACUGAGCGGCUUGAUCGAAAUGCUUCCGUGUCAAAUAUUGGCAAGACUCUAGGCUGCCUCUUCUGGAUCGCUCAGCCUAAUGACCAUAACAGACUGGUGCCAGUCGGCUGUGUUGGAGAAUUGCUCAUCGAAGGGCCUAUACUCGCUCGAGGGUACCUCAACGACCCCAAGAAGACAGAUACCGCCUUCGUCAGUAGCGUUCCGUGGCUUCCAUCCCCUGCCAGGCGUGUGUAUAAAACUGGCGACUUGGCCCGAUACACAGCUAACGGAACUGUCGAAUACGUCGGCCGCAAAGACCAGCAGGUCAAAAUUAAUGGCCAGCGCAUCGAGCUUGGAGAGAUUGAACAUCAUGUCAAGAUGUCAUUUAGCGGAAUUGAAGCCGCAGCCGUAGAUGUUGUUGCUCCGUCAAGUCACGGAGGCAAAAAGGCAUUAGCAGCAUUCAUAAUUUUUGAUAGCGAUUCCUUUAACACCAAGGAUGAAACCCAGACAAAUCUCAUCCACCCAACAACAGCGGCACGUCAUACCAUACUCACAACAAUCAAAUCCACAAUGGAGACUGUUUUGCCUCCACAUAUGGUUCCGUCGUUUUUCUUUCCACUACUCAAGUUUCCUACAAAUGCCUCUGGCAAACUUGACCGCAAGGUGCUCCGCGCUCUUGUGGAAGGGUUAAGCGUUAAAAAACUUGCUAUCUUUGCACUGGCAAUAACGUCGAAGCGCGCUGCAUCUACUUCUAUGGAACGGGAACUCCAGCGCAUAUGGUCUAAUGUUCUCCAAAUAUCAUUGGCGACAAUCUCAGCUGAAGACAACUUCUUCCACGUCGGCGGAGAAUCUAUUAGAGCUAUGCAACUCACCACCGAAGCCCGAGCCAGCAAGAUCAUCAUCAGUGUGGCGGAUAUUUUCAAACAUCCGAAGCUCUGCGACAUGGCUACCCACGCAACCCAUUCUAGUGUCGAUCUAUCUGAAGCGAAUAUACCUGAACCAUUCUCCAUGUGUGGCGAGGUUGAUACGUGCAUGAUCUCUAGCAUCGCCGCUGACUGCAAUAUCACCCAGGAGAUGAUAGAGGAUAUUUACCCAUGCACACCGUUACAAGAGGGCUUGAUGUCCAUUACCUCACGUCAGUCAGAUGCUUAUAUCGCGCGAAUGGCCUUGAAGAUACCAUCCUCUAUCGAUAUACCACGCUUUCAGGCUGCAUGGGUGCAAAUAGCUACAACUCAUGCCAUCUUGCGAACCAGGAUUGUCCUUACAAAAGCUGGGAAAUCAAUGCAGCUUGUUGUUCGUGAGAAUGUCGAGUGGAGGUCAUCUUCAUCUGUCAACCUUUACCUAGAGCAAGAUAGCAAAAGUGUGAUGUCUUACGGGUCCCCGCUCGUUCGCUUUGCAAUUGUCAAUGAUACAGAUGAUGGACAGGUCUUUGUCCUGACAGCUCAUCACGCUAUAUAUGACGGGUGGAGCAUCAAUUUACUAUUCAAGGAGCUUGGGGAUGUCUAUAGUGGCAAAGCUACCUCACAACCAGUGCCUUUCACGGCAUUCAUACAGCACCUCCAGUGUAUCGAACAAAAUGAUAUGGCUACCUUUUGGAAGACGCAACUUGGAGGGGAAAUGCCAACAAGUUGGCCGCUUAUGUCGCCAAACCGCUCCGCCCAUGCGGAUAAAGUGAUUAAGUACUCAACAUUAUUAGACGCCAGAGAUCAGUCAGAUUUCAUGGGAUCUACUUUUCUCAGAGCGGCUUGGGCCAUGACCAUCGGUCUUUAUACCGCAUCUUCGGAUACAUUUUAUGCAGAGACUUUUUCCGGGCGCAAUAUCGCAGUCCCCGGCGCCAUCGAUAUAUCCGGGCCAUUAAUAACCACCGUACCGAUGCGGGUGCGGUUCGAUAGAUCUCUGACUAUCUCGGACUACCUUCAACAAGUCCAACAGCAAGCCGUUGAUCUUAUUCCAUAUCAACACGUCGGUCUACAAAAUAUCAGGCGUCUUUUCCGAGGUGAACAGAACCUAGCAGAACCACAGCACAUGUUUAUUAUUCAAUCUGAGAGCGAACGGGAGCAAGAUGCAACAGCUCUGGGUCUAGAGUCACUCCCAUUUCAGUCUGGCGAUUUUGAUACGUUUCCCGUGAAUGUAUCGUGCAACCAAAAUGAAGACCAAGUUGAGAUCGAAGUUACUUUCGAUAAUCAUGUUGUUCCAGAAAGCGAGAUGCAGCGUAUUAUAUAUCAGUUUGUGCAUAUGUUGCACGAACUGAGAUCAGCACCAGGAACGACUCCUCUGAGCCAGUUAAACCUUUUAAAUGGGCACGAUGCGAGCAUGAUCCAGAGAUAUAAUAUAAAUAUGCCGCAGGAGCUGCAGUCAUGUGUCAACCAUAUUGUUGGUGAACAGGUUCGACGAGACCCCGCCGCUCCCGCUAUCUGUGGUUUUGAUGGCAAUUUUACAUAUGGGGAGCUUGACAUGGCCUCCGAUAUACUGGCUAGCCGCUUGCUCCAGGCUGGAGUGGGCCCAAAGAUCUUUGUACCGCUCUGUUUCAACAAAUCGUCGUGGGCUGUGGUUGCAAUGCUUGCUGUUCUAAAAGCUGGGGGAGCCUGUGUGUCACUCGACCCAACUCAUCCGAUUGGUCGAAUUAGACGUAUAAUUCAAGACACCAGUGCCACAGUUGUACUCGCAUCCCCAGAACACAGAGAGAAAUUGGACGGUCUCGUCUCCCAUGUUUGGGCUAUUGACACCUCGUUUGUUAGAAGUUUGGGAAAUCCUGCUUCCAAACCUAGACCUAGACAGAGGCCCGAUGACCCAGCCUUCGUGGUUUACACGUCUGGGAGUACGGGUGUCCCAAAGGGGGUAGUAGUACAGCAUAAAGCGAUCUGCUCCAGUGCCAGGGCACACGGCGAGAGAUUAAGCAUUGGCCCUGGGACCCGUGCACUACAGUUUGCCGCCUACACAUUCGAUGCCAGCAUUCAAGACAUCUUUACAGUCCUCCAGCGUGGAGGUUGUAUCUGCGUCAUAUCGGACGAUGAUCGCACGAGUAACCUACCAGCCGCGGUAAAAUCUACUAAUGCAAAUUACAUGCAGCUAACCCCGACUGUUGCUGCCAUCUACUCGCCGUCAGACUUCCCGUCGGUGAAGAGCCUCCAACUUGGUGGUGAACCGGUCAAGAAGCAGAUCUUAGCCUCCUGGUGCGGGCAUGCCCGAGUAUUCAGCGCAUAUGGGCCUGCUGAAUGUAGUAUCAAUUCGACCAUUGCCCAGGAUAUUCAGAAGGGCGAUCUCGAAACUAACAUUGGCACCCCGGUUGCGAAUUUAUGUUGGAUUGUUGAUGCCGAUGACUCGAAUCGACUUGUUCCGGUUGGUUGUAUUGGUGAACUUCUUGUUGAGGGUCCAAUCCUUGCGCAAGGAUAUCUCAACGAUUCACAAAAGACAAGAGAUGCCUUUAUUAACCCUCCGUGCUGGCGGUCGCACUUUCUCCGGGGUCCAUAUGAUCGUCUAUACAUGACUGGAGAUCUUGUCUAUCAGACCGAUGAUGGGUCAUAUGUCUAUGUUGGCCGCAAGGACACCCAAGUGAAGCUCAAUGGUCAACGCCUUGAAAUUGAGGAAAUUGAGUUCAAUCUGAUGCAAGCUGGUCCCCUUGCUCAGGCCGCUGUUUUACUCCCACGAUCCGGGCCUUUUUCUAACAGGCUCAUUGCUGCACUUAGUCUGCGAGGGGUAGAAAAUGUAUCCCAUGAGAACAAAGAUAUCCAGCCCCUAACCGGAGAUAUGAUGAGAAAAGCAUCAGAAGUCAUUGGAUCGCUCCGGAGCUCAUUAUCAGACAAUUUGCCGCCCUACAUGGUACCGUCCUCGUGGGUACCACUUUCUGCGCUGCCCAUGACUGCCUCUGGGAAGCUUGACCGCGGAAGCUUAAAGCGGUGGUUUGAGGCAAUGGAUAGCCAAAUGUAUAAGACAGUAUCUAGUGCCGACGAGAUUGCCGACGAAAUCCCAAGCAAACCAAGUUCUCCCAUCGAACAGGAACUCCAAAAGAUUUGUAGUCGAGUUUUGAACUUACCUGAAUCCAAGGUCAACCUUCAACGCUCAUUUGUGGGUUUGGGUGGCGAUUCUAUUUCCGCGAUGCAGUUCAUUUCUCAAUGCCGAGCUGCGAAUAUUGUAACCACCGUACCUGUUGUGCUGCGAAGCAAGAGACUGGUUGAUGUUGCACGGUCCGCAAGAUUUGGCUCUAUGUCAAUAGUUUCUGAGAAGGAGGAGCUGAAUGUGCCAUUCUCUCUGUCCCCCAUACAAAAAUGGUACUUUUCCAAUAUCCAUGAUGGGCAAGGCCCAUCGAGGGAAACGCACUUUAAUCAGAGCUUUUAUGCGCGUAUGACACGCCAUAUCCACCACGAAGAGGUUUCUCGCGCGAUUAAAGCUCUCGUGGACCAGCAUUCUAUGCUACGUGCACGGUUUCAGCAGGUUGACGGGACUUGGACACAAAGGAUCCUUCCUGGUGUUACAGACGCCUACCACUUUAGCGAACAACAACUUUUCAGCCCAGAAGAGGUGGCUGCUCUUGCCCAAAAUCGACAGAGGAAGAUCAAUAUCGAAGAAGGUCCAGUAUUUUCGGCUGAUCUAUGUAGUGUACCAAAUGGGGAUCAGUAUCUUAUUUUGAUCGCUCACCAUCUGGUUGUCGACCUCGUAUCAUGGCGUAUUGUGUUAGAAGAUCUUGAACAAUAUCUACAAGACAAGCCUUCGCAAGCCGUUUCAUACGAGCCCUUGUCUUUCCAAAUUUGGUCCAAACUUCAGGCCGAAUAUGCCAAUAACCCGGAACUAGGUCCAGACAAGGUAUUAUCAACAGACGGAAUAGUGAGCGAUCAAGCCUACUGGGGUAUGAGCAGCUGUGCAAGCAACGCAGUUGGCGAUCAGGUCUCGCAGUCGAUCACCGUGGAUCCUCAGACUACAACCCUUUUACUUGGGCCCGCAAACAGCGCGCUAAAUACAGAACCCAUAGAUCUGAUGCUCGCUGCUAUCUGGGACGCAUUCCUAAAUGUAUUCACAGACCGACAGCAAUUGACAAUAUUCAACGAAGGACAUGGCAGGGAGCCGUGGUCUUCAGAGAUCGACUUGUCUAGGACAAUUGGCUGGUUCACUACCAUGUCUCCUAUCAAUAUGUCAAGAAAAUCAAACAGUGAUAUACUGACAACGGUCAAGAGGGUCAAGGAUAGUAGAAGACGGCUUGCCCAAAAUGGUUGGGCAUACUUUACCACUCGGUACCUCAACAACGAUGGAACGAAAGCAUUUAAGGACCAUGAUGCUCCAAUGGAAGUGCUGUUUAAUUAUCAUGGCCAAUUCCAACAAUUAGAGAGGGACGAUACUCUGUUCCAUGACGAAUCAUUCGGUCAAGCCGGUCCAUCCGAUCAAGGCAAAGAUCUACCUGUAGCAGCAUUGAUUGAUAUAGGCGCUACUAUUAACGACAAAACUACGGAAUUCACAUUUGAUUUCAGUCGGUAUAUUGCGCACCAGGAUCGGAUAUCCCAGUGGGUCAAGCAAAUCAAAACAUCCCUUCAAACAAUCUGCCACCAGUUAGUUGAAUCAAAGGGAUCCUACACUCUCUGUGACUUCCCGUUGCUCUCCUUGGACUAUGAGGGUUUGGAUCGGCUUCAGAAUGUUGUCUUGCCGGAAAUUGGAACAAUCGCUGAAAACAAUAUCGACGACGUUUACCCCUGCUCGCCUAUGCAGGCAGGCAUCUUGUUGAGCCAGAUCAAGCAAGCUGGGACAUACGAGACCUCACAUAUCUGCGAGGUAAAGGCCGAGAAUUCUUCUCGCCCCCUCGACACUCAUGAACUAGGCAAGGCCUGGCAGGCAGUAGUUUCGCGCCAUCCCUCCUUGCGAACCAUAUUCAUUGAAGCCGUCGACGAGAAUGGGGCUUUUGACCAAGUCGUUCUAGGGACCUAUACAGCCGAAGUUCUUUAUCUUCAAAGCUCCGACAUUAACGAGGCGUUGGAUCUGUUCAAGGAACUUUCGCCAGUCGAUUAUAAGCAAACCCGGCCUCCUCAUAGACUAUCUCUAUGCGAAACCUCAGACGGUCAUACGGUUUGCUGUCUUGAAAUCAGCCACACAAUCACAGAUGGGGCAUCGACAACAAUUCUCCUAAGAGAUUUAGCCCAGGCAUAUUCCGGCGCUCUAGAUCCUAUGUCGUCGUCUCCUACGUAUAGAGAGUUUGUAAAACACAUCGGCAUGAUCCCUUUAGCCGAUAAACUCGAUUAUUGGAAGACGUAUCUGGGUGGCAUGGAGCAGUGUCACUUCCCGCAGAUCGCGCCCCCCGUGUCAGACAAAUUCAACUCUACAGCAACGUGUGAACUUGAACCCAGCAUGGUGAUGACACUCCAGAAAUUCUGCGAGCAGCAAUCCAUAACGCCAGCAAACCUUCUUCAGAGUUCAUGGGCUCUCGUACUGUCUGCAUAUACGGGUUCUGACUCGGUAUGUUUUGGAUACCUUGCCUCAGGUAGGGACGUGCCGAUUCCAGAAAUCGAAGAUUCCGUAGGAGCCUUCGUCAACAUGAUGGUUUGUCGUGUGGAUAUUUCUCGCGAAUCAAGCGGUAGGGAAUUUGCAAGCGGCGUACAAAAUCGAUCAUUACAGAGCCUGGCUUUCCAGCACUGUCCAUUAGCAAGCAUCCAGCACGCUAUUUCUUCAGCGGGACAUGCGUUUUUUAACACGGUCAUCUCUCUCCAGAGACAAGACGAAGAUUCGCAGGGCGCUCAUGAUGAUAUCACGUUCUUAGAUUUGGAUGCUGAAGAUCCGACAGAGUAUGAACUGGCGAUUGAUAUCACGCUAGGUCCGAAGACGGUCGAUAUAUCCCUCGAUUACUGGAAUACUACUUUAUCCCAAGCUCAGGCUGACCAAGUACUCUCAACUUUUCAAGCUGCGAUUUCAGUAAUAAUUGACAGCGGUGACCAAGCACUUGAUAAAUCGACACUCAUAAGCCGAGAAAGUGCCCACGCCCUUGCCUCCUGGAACGGACGCUUUCCCGAUACAAUAGAAACAUGUGUGCACUCUCUCAUCAGCCAACAGUCAGCUCUCACUCCGGACUUCCCUGCGGUCUCUUCAUUUGAUCUGGAUUUGACUUACAGGGAAUUGGAGAAACUGUCAGAUGCCCUUGCGCAUCAUCUAGUUUCCAUAGGUGUUGGUCCUGAAGUAAUGGUACCAUUGUGUUUUGAUAAGUCGACCUGGGCCGUGAUAUCCAUGUUGGCCGUUCUGAAAGCAGGCGGAGCAUGUGUUUCUCUAGGGCCAUCCCAGCCAUUCAAACGCCUGCAGAGAAUCAUUGCCGAUACUGAGGCACUGGUCAUCUUGACAGCACCGCAACAUACCCACAUUUUCAACUCCAUUUCUACCACAACAAAUAUAGUCACUAUCGACGCCAAUUUUGUCCAUCGGUUGCCUAAUAUACGUGGCAUUGCCUGUCCAUCUGUCAGGGCAUCAAAUGCUGCCUUUGUAGUAUAUACUUCCGGUAGCACUGGUGUGCCAAAGGGCGUUGUGCUUGAGCAUUCUGCUAUUGCAACGAGCUCCAAAGCACACGGCACGAAGAUGGGAAUCUGUUCUGGGACGACUCGUGUUCUCCAAUUCGCAGCGUACACAUUCGACGUUAGUAUUCAGGACAUAUUUACGACGUUACAACGUGGUGCAUGUGUCUGUGUAAUUUCGGAGUCUGAUCGGCUUGAUGAUCUAACGCACGCAAUCAAUACAACUCAGGCUAACUGGGCGGACCUAACCCCCACGGUGGCGGGGCUUAUCAACCCUACUUUAGUGCCAAGCAUGAAAACAAUAUCAUUAGGAGGAGAAGCCUUGCCCGAGUCGGUUGCUAAGUUAUGGCAGCCUCACGCUAGGGUUAUCAACGGCUAUGGACCCGCAGAAGCAUCCAUUAACGCAGCUUCCAGUGACGAAGAACAACGGGGUGGUAAUUCUUCAAAUAUCGGAACGCCAUUGGCAAGUUGGUUUUGGGUUGUAGACCCAAAUGAUGUGGAUUUCUUGGUUCCUAUUGGCUGUGUUGGUGAACUAUUGAUCGAAGGGCCACUCCUUGCACGAGGUUAUCUCCACGAUGAAUCGAAGACACAAGCGGCGUUUGUCAAGAAUCCAAAAUGGACCAAGGCGGAGUCUUUAGGAGUUGCGCAGGUUGAUCGACGCAUGUAUAAGACGGGCGAUCUAGUUCGGUUGAAUAUUGAUGGAACAUAUACCUAUGUUGGACGCAAGGAUCGCCAAGUAAAGCUUUAUGGCCAAAGAAUUGAGUUGGGAGAGGUUGAACAGCAAAUUAUCGCCGUAGCCCCAAAGACUGUGGGCAUUGUUGUGGAGGGAGUGUCAUCGAUCAGCUCCCAACGACGAAACGCUCUUGUCGCAUUCUUUGAUUGGUCAAGCUGCCUAGGAGAACUAAACAGCGAGACAUAUGACUUGCUGCUUCCAUCAAGCGCCGAAAUCGAAUAUACGCUGAAUGGUAUCCGAGCAGCUCUAGUUGGUGUCCUUCCAACCCAUAUGAUACCGACUCUUUUUGUUCCUGUUGGGAGAUUCCCUGUCAAUGCUUCAGGGAAAUUGGACCGUAAGCAAUUACAAGAACUAGUCCACAACAUCUCGACGGAAGAAAUGAGCCGUCUUGCUCUCUCUGCAGUUGCAAAACAGGAACCAAGGUCUCUAGAAGAAAAAGCUCUGCAUUCCAUGUGGUCCGAAUUACUUGUUCUCGCUCCAGACGCAUUUGGUGUUGAUGACACUUUCCUCAGUCUCGGUGGAGAUUCCAUCCAAGCAAUAAAGCUCUCUCGGGAGGCCCGGGUGAGAGGCAUACAGCUGGGCGUGGCCGAUAUACUCCGGCAUCCCAAGCUUUCAGACAUGGCCGCCCACGCAGUUAUCAGUCAAAGAAACGUUGUCGAGGUAGAAAAGGUACCCUACAAGCCAUUUUCGCUUCUCGGUGAUGUGGACACGAACCGCCUCAUGAAAUAUCAUGUGUCCAAUGCCUGCCCGCUGUCCAAGGAAAAUAUUGAGGAUAUCCUGCCAGUCACAGAUUUCCAGGCCCUCUCGAUCGCAUUGACAGAAACGAAAUCACGGAGUAUGCUCAUGUAUUACUCAUGGCAGGGAGAUGGAAUACCGGAUGUCCAACGCAUAAGGGAAAGUUGCGCGAAAACAGUUGCCAAGUACGAUAUCUUGCGGACAGUUUUUGUUGUCCAUGGCGACAGGUUCUUGCAAGUUGUGUUGAAGAAUCUAAUCAUGGAGAUACCUCUAUACGAAACCAGCCAAGACCUUCCCGCCUUCACAGAGCAGAUGCAAAAGUGCGAUAUGUACCGGAUGCCUCGUCUUGGGGAACCACUAGUUCAAUUUGCCAUCAUUCACCAAGUUCCACAAAGACGUUUCCGACUCAUCAUGCGCAUUUCCCACGCUCAAUAUGAUGGCAUGAGCAUAUCUAAGAUAUGGGACUCGCUCCAAGACGCUUAUAAUGGCCAUGAUGUGGAAGUUCACAACGGAUCUAGCUUCUCUAAUUACAUGCGGACGUUGGCAUUGGCUGACGGCGCAGCCUCUCGCAAUUAUUGGCGGGCGCUUCUUGAUGGCUCUUCAAUGACAUCUUUUGUUGAACGCACACGUCCUACCCUUGGGCAAUCCGGGACUAGCAUAAGCUUAUCACAAAACAUUCGUCUACCACCACCUGGCCAUCUGCAAUUUUCAUUUGCUACUGUUAUCAAAGCAGCGUGGUCAUAUGUACUCGCCAGGAUGUCAUCUACAGAAGAUGUAGUAUUUGGCAGUCUCAUUGCUGGACGAAAUGAUGCCGAUGCGGAACCUGUUGUUGGAGCCUGUGUUAACUGCAUCCCAGUCAGAGUCAAGAUUGGCGCAGAUUGGAAGGUGACGGAUAUUUUGCAAGCUGUUCACGACCAGUCUAUAGCAGGAAUACCGUUUGAAACCCUUGGAUUCCGGGAAAUUGUUAAAUCCUGCACGAAUUGGCCUAAAUGGACUUUCUUCAAUUCCAUCAUCACGCACCAGAAUGUUGAAGACGAUGAAAACCUGAGCAUGGGAGAGUCUGCAAUGCAGAUGGAUGCCAUCGGUGGUGAAUCAGAUCUUGCAGACAUCUCUAUCGUGUCAGUUCCAGGGCCCGACUCCAUGGAAAUCAGUCUUUACUGUGCAGAAGAAGCCGUUCCGUCCGACUUGGCGGAAGAAUUGCUCCAUCAGCUCUGCGAAACCAUUUUGGAAUUCUAUGAAACGCCAGACGUGCCGCUUUUGGCGCCUGGCCAAAUCCAUAACCUAACACCUCGUAUACCUGUCAAGCCCUCGGCGCCAAAGCUGGAGACCAUCGCUGAUUCUGGCGAACAGCAACCACCAGCUCCAGCAACCUCGAUGUUAGAGCGACUUUGGAAUCAAGUACUGAAUAAUAACAUGUCAUUCUUCGAUAUGGGCGGAGACUUGAUUUCCGCCUGUCUCCUCUCGAAUGAGUUGAAAAGGGAAGGGGUUAAUUGUUCCAUCGAGGACAUUUUUGAUAACCCCACUUGGGGUCUACAGCUUGCUUUAUUGCGUUCAACUCAGCGCCAAUGA